GAAGUGGUCUACAAUUUGGAGGUUAUGGCUUGUUAAAUUUCAAAAAUGAAAAAAUUAUUUGGAAAAAUAGGACGCCAACUCUGCCAACAGUCAAUCCAAAGUUAUGUUAACCGGAAUGGGGUAAAAUUGGCAAGCACCUAUAAAGCUUCCGUUAUUAAAGAGGCUGGCAAACCGUUAGUUAUUGAAGAACGAAAACAAUCCAAAUUAAAACCCAAUGAAGUUAGAGUGCAAGUUAGCUAUUGCAGCGUUAAUUCAGCCGAUUGCUAUAAAUUUAAGCAGCCGGGAACUGAUUUGCCGUUUAUUCCGGGUUACGAACUCUCGGGAGAAGUAACUGAAGUAGGUUCAGAUAUUCAGCGACAGCAAAUUGGUGUGGGAGAGAAAGUAGCAUCCUUGAGUUUGGAACAUUUUGGAGGACUUGCUGAACAGUGUGUGGUAAAUAUUGGUGAUGUAUUUAGAAUUCCUCCUGAAGUGGAGCUGAAAGACGCGGCCGUGUUAUCUUAUGGUCAUUCGCUAGCUUUGUACACCUUUUCAAAACUAUCAGAAUUGAAAGAAAAAGAUCAGGUUAUUAUAUCUGCAGGACCUGCCGGUUUGGGAUUGGCUGCUGUAGAUGUAGCCGCCAAUGUAUACAAAGCGCAGGUUAUAGGGGUUGUAGAUACUGAAGAACGGGGAGAAUUAGUCAGAGAAAGAGGAGCAUUUACAACUGUACAUUUUAGCCCGAAAUUGGUAAAAAAUAUAUUAGCGAAAACUGAAAAUAAAGGGGCCAAAGUAGUCUAUGAUGCAGUUGGAGAAAAUUUUAUGGAAAUAAUUGGCGACUGUGUGUCUGUUGGUGGAAAAGUUUUUUAUGCUGCCCCCUUCUAUUUUAAAACUAUACCUGCACCGGUGCCUCAUUCGUUUGCUACUAUUGUAAGCUUAAAAUCUCUUAGGAAUCAAAAUCCACACUUAUACAAGACUGUUAUAAAUGACACCUUAGAGUUGGCAAACGAAGGUGUAAUUAGUGCACAUGUUAGUGCGGAAUUUAGUUUAGAUAAGAUCAAUGAUGCAAUUAAAUUUAUUGAAGAUAAAAAAUGUACAGGCAAAGUUGUGAUUAAAAUAGAUGAUUAAAAUGUUUUUUUUUUC